CUUUUUUGCGCCGGCUGUGAUAAGCGCUGCGGCAUUUGUCCCCGCGACAGAACUGCUGCCGCCGUCUCUAAGGUCGCCCGGGUCCCACCGCCGCCACCAUGCCUCGGGGAAGCCGCAGCAUGGCCUCCCGGCCAGCCAGCCGCCCCGCCGCGCCCUCUGCCCACCCACCCGCGCACCCACCGCCCUCGGCAGCCGCCCCAGCCCCCGCCCCUUCGGGCCAGCCGGGGCUCAUGGCUCAGAUGGCGACCACGGCCGCAGGGGUAGCUGUGGGCUCAGCCGUGGGACACGUCAUGGGCAGCGCCCUGACCGGAGCCUUCAGCGGGGGGAGCUCGGAGCCCUCCCAGCCUGCUGCCCAGCAGCCUUUUGCACUGUACCCCCAGGCCCCCACCCCCACUGCCCCCCAGCACCUGCAGAUGGGGCCCUGCGCCUAUGAGAUCAGGCAGUUCCUGGACUGUUCAACCACUCAGAGUGACCUGUCCCUGUGUGAGGGCUUCAGCGAGGCUCUGAAGCAGUGCAAGUACAACCAUGGUCUGAGCUCACUGCCCUGAAGAGGUUGGUGCAAACUUGGGGGCCAGUCCUGCACCCACCUCUACUCCUCGCCGACAGCCAGACCACAACACCAGAUUGUACCCGGAUAGCUGGGAUUGGAAGUGAGGAGGUUUCUCACCCCACAGAUAACCUAAGACACAAAUGUGCAAUUAAAAGUUUAUUUUACACCACA